AUGGCCAUGGUGUCUUUGGGCUUGGUGGCACUGCCUGAAGAACAUUUCGAGAAAAACGUUAGCAAUCCGGGCAAGGUGGCACCAGCAAAGGCCCUUUUGACCCAUCAAACUCCAGUUGCAGCCAUCAAGCAUGCAUUGCGCCAAUCAGCACGGGCUUUGGGGACAUCAGUGAGUGACCCCGAACAUAUCCGCAAGAAGCUUCCACCCACAGAGGAUUGCAAAGCGCUCAUGGCUGCCGGCCGCAUCUGGGUGAUUUUCAAGCUGGAGAUCCCAGAGGCCGAGUUCCAUCUCGAUUUGAAGUCUGGAUAUGUGAAGAAGCAAGCCGGAAGCGGCUUUGAGAUUCAGACCUGGGACCCUCUCAGCCCGAAGUGGCAUGCGUCCACUGCAUCCAGGAUGCCCGAGGCUCCAGCUUGGUCAUUCUAUGUUGGAAUCAGUGCCGACACGGCAGCUAGGAUCCUUGCGGACCCGACUGAGGCCCGUGGCUACAUCUUGGAAUCCUUCCAACACCGGGACAUGGGGAACUUGGUGCGCAAGCAAGCUGGGCAUAAAGUUGCUCACAUUUUGGCCGGCGUUUACGCCAUUCCGUUCUUUGAAGACAAGUACGGCUGCGCCUUGCUCCAGUCAAUUUUGGACGAGAAGAAGGCGGAGGAGAAGAGCCACAUCCUGACGAUCAAGGUAUCGUGCUUGGAUGUUGCAGCAACGCUGCAGCAUGUCCCCGGCAUGUCCUCCGUGUGGGUUCCACGCGAUAUGGACAAUCUAUACAAGUGUCCUCUCCGUGUGUCUUUGGCGACAUUUGCCUUGGCUGAUCAUUGCGUUCAAGAAGCCCAGCCUGCCAGCCUAUAUCGCGAGAAGAAGCAAAGCGUUGAAUUGUAUGACUCGCGCAAGAGGUUUGGAUGUCUCCAUGAUUUUCCAUCGCAGGCUCCUGCCACCAAACGGCCUGCAGAAGCUGAAAUCGAGUGUGGCAGUGCAGCCAAGAAGUUGACGACAGCAGAAGCUGCGAAGUUUGCGGCAGAAACCGUCAAGGCUUUGAAGCCUCGUGACCAGCAGCCUCCGGAGAACAUCGUGCCAGUGAGCAAAGUGGUUGCAGCAUCACCGCAGACAGCUGGCAUGCCACCGGGGCUGCAAGCCCCUAAACUUCCAGAUCUAGAAGAAGGGCGUCACUUGGGCGCUUGGACUAUCAUGAAGCGUGUCAUUCCUUGGGCCACUUGGCAGCAUAUGUUUGCUGGAGUGCUUCAAUCCUUGCCGACUUUCCUUUCGAAAGCUGCCUUGCCAUCAGCUGCAUCUUUGGCAGACCUAGCACCGCUGGAGAUCCAAUCAUCACAGUCCCAGGGCCUCAAGAACUUCAAGGAGAAGUGGAGCCCGGCAAAUUGCCUGCAGGCUAUCCAACAUAGUGGCCUCUACGAAGCCGGCCGUUCGCUGUACUGGCUGGACCCGGGCUUGAGCUCCAACGACACAUUGCUGCUUGAAGAGCCGCCCUAUGCAGAAGUCCUUGAGGCCGAGCAGAUUCUUUGCUGCAGCCAUGGGGCCGGAGAUCGCUUCUUCUUUCCUGGCGCUUUUGGGUGCUUUGCUCCCAAGCAUGUGUUGAACACGGGUGAGCUACCAACCAAGCUGUCUCUUCUGCACAAGCACACGCAGCUCUAUGCCUGGUACGUUGCUAUGUGCAGGGCAUGCCUGGACACGGAUUUGGAGCAGAUCAAGAAGCUUCAUGAGAUGGCCUUGACUGUCACUGUCAGGGCAUUGGCCACGACCGAUAGCAUCAGCGUGACCCUGGAGAUCCUCACGGUCAACGACAAGUCUCGACAGGGAAGCAAUUCGGACACCUUUUUGAUGUUCGCAAAGAAGGUCCAAUGCAUUGAGCGCCAGCAGGCCGCAACAACCAAGAAGGAUCUUCUCCAGAGCUUGAUUUCCAAGAAUGUGCGCUUCAACGGCACCAAGAUCAACAAGACUGUUCUUGAUGGGGCCUUGAAGGUGGCAGGCAUGCUGAGCGAUGCAUCUUCUGAGAUCCUGUCUCGCAUCCAGCGAGAACAUGGCCGAGAUGUUUUCUCCAACAAUUAUUCCAAAUUGGCCCGCUUGUGCACGCGAUGUCAGAAGCAAGUGGCUACUUUGGAGAAUGUUGGUGCUGGAGGCGGCGCUGAAACAUUGCUUGAGUUCACCUUGGGGGCAGCCUAUGUGGCAGUGGCCCGCAACCAAUGCAGCCCGGACUUCUUCAACGUGGAAACCAUAGACCCGCGCGGUGACGAGGUGGGCUGGGCUUGCGGGACCUUUGCUAAGAUUGCAGUUGCGCACCAGAUGGUUCAGCUCGCUGAAGCUGCUUGGCAACAAGCCCCCGUGGGAAGCUUGAAAGACGAAGCCAGAAAGACUUCAGACGCUUUGAAGAAGCUCGGCACACCUUUGGCUUUCCAUUACGCUGUGCCCAAAGAGGUGGAUGCUGGCUGCAGCAACGCAGCAGAAGAUGUGCUUGAGGUGUCCAACCCAUGUUCCCACCUCUUGAAGCCGGAUGUGACCACCAAGCUGGCGAAGAGCAUGCGCUCAUGCACCGCCCUUGCAAUUUCCCAUGUUUCGUGCGAAGCCACGUCAGCACCGCCUGUCAGCUUGAGGGAUCUUGUGAAAGGGGAUGACGAGCAAGAGGAUGAGCAGAAGACUGCAAGGGAAGCAGAGCGAAGCCACUUGUGGCGGGAGGCGCAGACGCUUGGGAAGAAGUACGUGCAGUUGGGCCUCUGGCAAGGCCGCACAAUGGAUUCGCUGGUGCCUGCCUUGGACAGAGCAUCGUUGCAGCCAGCCUUUGACUUCAUGAAAGCACAGUGCAAGGAGACCUCGAUGCUCUUUUUCUUUCAUGGUGGGCCGCGCUCGAACCGCCAAUUGAUCGAGCAGACGUUUGGCGACAAGGUCCCGGGCGGCGGCGGGCUGUUUGAUUGGAUUGUGCUCUACCGGCUCUACCGCUCCACAAAGAGUGCGCCAGGGAAGAGGAAUCGAAAGGUGUUUGCUGGCUCUGUCCGUUGUGAAACGGCCUUCCUCCGACUAUCAGUCCCACGGGUGAGGUUGGCUGUGAAAGCCCGGGAGGAUGACUUCACGUCGAAUGAGGAGUGCAACACCAAUGAUUUGCACAUGGUCAACGUUCCCCCGCCCGGAAAGUUGCCUCGCAUUCUCCGGUCUGACAAGACCCGUAUCUUCCCCGAUGCCACUGUCCACAACACGGUGAAGUCCUCCUCUGUGCCGCUGCUUCUUGUCAAGAUUUCAAGCCGGGAUUUGUUUGAUGACGGCUUGGGCAUAGAAUCUUGGUAG